ACUAGCAUCAACAGAAGAUAUUACAGAACUAAGAAAUUUAUAUUUGAGAUGCGAUGAUAUAGAGAAAAAUUUUUGUGUAAAUAUUAGAGCUUACAAUAGCGCUUUUGCAUUUACCUCAAUGGGUGUAAAAUUGGAUGAAAAACUUGCAAAUAGUAAAGAUGGAGUUUACACGUUUAGAGCACAAGAUGGAAUUUACCACUUAAUUGGAUCUCUGCUUCCAAUAGAUGGAAUACUGAAAUUUCUCCAAUUAUACAUCUAUGAUACUGAAUUUGAAAUAGCUAAUAGACUUUAUAUUAUGCCUCAACUUCGUCAAGAUAUUUUAGAAUUUAUCAAAUUAAUGUUAAAUCAGUUAAAUCCUUUCAUUAUCAAUUUUCGCUCUAUAUCAUCUUAUAUGAAUAUAGCUGAACUUUGCUUGCUUAUAAGAGCUGAUCAUGGUUUAGACCAACAUGUUUACAACAAACUGACAGCCUUGCAGGUUGCUGCUGUCUGGGUAGAAGGUAAUAACUCCACAGAAUAUGCAGAACGAGGCCCUCGCGAUAUGUACCAGAAAUAUCAGGAUGCAAUAGCAUUAGUACAAGCGUAUGGAAGGCCAAAUUUAUUUAUCACUAUUAUAUAUAAUUCUUGGUGGCCCAAAAUUACAUCAAAAUUAAUGUCAAUGCAAAUUCUGCAAGAUAGACCAGAUCUUACAGCAAAAUUAGAAGAACUUAAAAAAGAUCUUUAUAUCAAAGGCAUUCUUGGUCUUCUUCUUCACAUAAAACAUCUUCUUGAACAACAUUAUAAAUGUCUAAAUGACUUCGAUCUUCCUACACUUAUUCUACUAUAUGAUCUUCCAAAUGAACUACUAAGACUCAUACUAAACGAAUUAAAUAUUCCUAUAUCAGCUGAAGAUUUGGAAAAAAUUAGACUAUUAAAUAAAGAGCAGAAAUUAAUAUUUGAUACUAUAAUGGAAAGUAUUAAAAAAGAUAAACCUAUCAUAAUUUUCGUCGAUGGACCCGCAG